UACAAGGCCCAUGUUAUGCAUCCUGGCCCAUUCCCGUCAGUAGACCCAAAGACCCGAAUAAAUUGCCACAGAGCGAAGCGGGUCAGGGUCGGGUCUCGAGCUGUUUCAAUGGAAGAGGACGACGGGAGGAGAGAAGCUGCGAUAGCAUCAGCACCAUCUCUACAACCCAAUUUCACCAAUAAAAAUGGUGUCAACAAUGCUCAAAUUUCCAAAUUUCAAGAGUUGCACCGAAGACGCUUAAAAAUUAAAGCAAAAUCUAAGGUCAAGGAUAAAACAAAAGGAACUCUUGUCUCCACUAAAAGGUAUAAUGGUGAAGAUGUCAUUGCUAAUUGCAAGGCGAUCAUGGAUGAAAAAUCAAUAGAAACAGCUAAAGAUCUGAGAAUUACUUUGUCAAUAAGCAGUACAACAGACCUUUCAUCCUCUCAAGAAGACAACACACUGUCAAAAAAGCGGCAGAAGUUGCACUGGGGGCUCGACACAAAGGAGAGAUGGGAAAGGAAAUCCAAUAUGUAGAGAUAUCAGCAUCUGAAUAUGGAAUGCUUCUAUCUUGCCAUACAGCUCCAAUGAAGGCUUAGAUGAUUUAGUCAGACAUCAUCUUGAUCUAUUAUGAGUGUGAAGAUGGACAUUGUUUCCUAGACUUAUGAGGAGAUACUAUCAGGCGUAGAGCAAACCAACCAAUUACUGAUAAAUAACUUUGAUUCUUAUAGCCUUGGCCCUUUUACUUGUAAAUGCACUUGUUUCAUUUGUUAAGUAGUACUAAUUUAUUUUUUCUUGCAAGAAGGAAAGAAGAAACAUUUAGUUUAGAAAUUACAGCAAAGAAGACAAUUUUGUUAAAUGUCAUGGCUCAAAGCAUUUUUUUUCUCCA